ACAAAUUCCUUUUUCCAAUUUUUUAUCAUCAUUUUCUGUAGGAAAACCGACCCAGAAAUCCAAAUGCUGGUCCAAAAAUCACCGGCGGUGGUCAGAAUCCUCCAGCACCACCUCCGCCACUUCACCCUGGCUCCACUUCUCCAAGAACGGGUCGAAGCUCCCUCCACACCGCCACUCGAAUAUCUUCCGGGAUUCCCAAAACCCGACCCCAAAUAUGCAGAGACCAUCCACGCUAUCCCACGGGCCAAGAGCGGAAAGAUCAUUAGUGCUAAAGAAAGAAAAGUUGGUCGGGUUCCCAGCAUAGUAUUCGAGCAAGAAGAUGGGCAGCACGGAGGCAACAAAAGGCUUAUCUCUGUACAAAACAAUCAGAUCAAGAAGCUAGUUAAUCAAAUGGGUCGGUCAUUUUUCCUCUCAAGGGUGUAUGAUCUUGAGGUCCGACCAGAAUUCGAGUCCGAGGAAGUAAUUGAGAAAGUUCGGGUCUUGCCCAGAUUGCUUCACCUGCAUUCAGGAACUGACGCUGUGCUUAAUGUUACUUUCAUAAGAGCCCCAUCAAGUGCUCUCUUAAAGGUUGAUGUUCCUCUUGUAUUCAGAGGAGAGGAUGUCUGCCCUGGUCUGAAGCAAGGGGCUUAUUUGAAUAUCAUCAAGAGAACUGUUAAGUACCUCUGUCCACCGGAUGUCAUUCCUCCAUAUAUAGAUUUGGAUUUGAGUGAGUUGGAAGUCGGCCAGAAGCUAUCCAUGGGUGACCUCAAAGUCCAUCCUGCUCUAAAGCUUGUUCUGCCUGAAAAUGAACCUGUUUGCAAGAUUGUGGGAGCUCGGGUUUCUGACCAGAGGAAGUCCAAGUAGACAUUCGGCUUGCGGAUAAGUACUCUGUUAUGGAUUUUGGGACUACUAAAUACUGCACGUUGGUACUUAGGUCCUUUGAGGUUUUGUAUAAUCGUUUCAGGUACAUUAUUUUGUCAAUCCAUAGUAUUAAUUGAUGGAAUAGGAUAAUGCAGUCGCAAUGUCUCAGAUUCCUGAGUUUUAUCGGAACCGGAUUGAUUUUGCCCUUGGGAUGGUGAUGGUGAUAGUGAUAGUGGCAGAUGAUUUUUCAGAUGAAAGGUACUCCCAACUUCGUAGUCUUACCUAUAGGCAAGCAUGUCAA